AUGGAGAUUUUUGUAAAGAAGCUAGGUAACCAGCUCCAAACCUUCUCAUCCUCCGCAAAUUCCUGUGAAAAUUAUGAGGUCAUUCAUUACCAGAAGGACGUCGAAUUGAAAAAAAGUAAAGCUGCCGACCGUUUCGAGGACACAUGGACCAAGCUCCGAGCUUUCGAGCUGACCUCCUACCAAAGUUGCGUCUUUGUCGACGCCGAUAUCACUAUCUACAAGAACAUGGAUGAGAUUUUUGAUCUCAUACUUCCUGCUAAUGAUUGGAUCGCUGCAAAUCAUUCUUGUGUCUGUAAUCUCGAUCACGAUAGUUGGGCACCUGAGGAAUGGAAACGUGAAAACUGCGCGUACACGCCUCUCCGACAUCCCGCAGCUUUGGAAAAAGCAACGCCAAUUCCUCUUGGUGCUGCCCCUCCUGACACCUACGCAUUACUGAACGGUGGAGUCUUCCUCUACCAUCCCUCCGAAAUGCUUUGGAAAGCAAUACACGAUCACUUCCUCACGUCACCUGAGCUGUCGACCUUCCAGUUUCCCGACCAAGACUUCUUAGCCUCGGUGUUUUGUGGCAGAUGGCGUCCAUUGCCUUGGAAAUACAAUGCUUUGAAAACGAUGAGGCAAUGGCACACAAACAUCUGGCGCGAUGAAGAGGUCAAGGCAUUACACUACAUUGUUGACAAGCCGUGGAUGAAGAGGGUAGCUAGUGACGGCAUAGGAGGGCACUUGGGAAGAGAUGGUGAAACGCAUACUUGGUGGUGGAACGUCUGGCACGAGUGGAGGUCGCAGAGAGCGGACGAGUUACUAAGCAUUGUUGACGAGCUUGUGGCGGAUCCUCUAGACGAGAACGCGGACAAGAGACAAUGUGAAGAGAACAAGAGUAAGGGCUUUCCGACUCCAAUACCACUAGGUGCAGGAGAGGCAGACCGGAGGUGA